UGGUGAGACAGAAACCUCUCUCGUUUAUGACGUUUGUCGUCAAGUAUAGCCCUUGCAACGCUUUCUUCUUCCUUCUUCCUCGUGAAACUCUUCAUUCGUUUGUUUAGAAUCUCUCUGAUGGGUUUCAUCUCUCAGCAAUCUUGGACCAAAGGAGCUUCAACUUCUGUUCAUUACCUUCAUCCAGGUAGUUGGCUCCAAUCCCAAACUAUAUGAUGUGCAUUCGGUACAACUGUACAAGAGUCACUGGUAUUAAGUUUGAUUUAAGAGCUUCUUGGAGUCGUAAUUGCAUAAUGCUUAUGAAUCUAUGAUAUAGGGACUAGAAAAUGGGAAAGCUCUUCUUUUUACAUUUGUUCCAAACGACGACGUAAUGAGUCAGAAACGACGAGAGCCUCUCCUUCGAGAGGAGGGGGUGUGGAAAAAUCUCAUCUUUGACUUGAGGUGGUGUGACUUGUCAGCCAUGGCAAAUACCGAGCAACGACGAUCUCUCUCUUUUCACUUUCCCUUCUUAUGUGUCUGUCUUCGAACAGAGUCUCCAACUCUUAAAACUCCAUUGGAAAAGCUUUUGUCCUGUUUUGAAUUCCAUGGCUUUACCUUUGUGUUUCAAGACUGGAGUUUUAAAGUCUCCGCCCACCGGAUUUAAUCUUAUUAUGAAGUCGGACGACAGUGGCGUUGCCGUUCCGACAAAGUUACAAAGUAUUCGAAAAGGUGAUCGGGAAAGAUUGAGAAUCCAAGCUGUUUUCAGCUUUCCUCCUGUGUUUCUGACAAAAAAGGGUCGGGACGAGAAGCAGAAACAGCUCAAACAGGAACUUCUCGAAGCCAUUGAGCCUCUUGAACGUGGUGCCACUGUCACGCCUGAUGAUCAGCGUCGGAUUGAUCAGUUAGCACGUAAGGUGGAAGCAGUAAACCCAACCAAGGAGCCUCUGAAGUCUGAUUUAAUCAAUGGGAAAUGGGAGCUUAUUUAUACAACCUCUGCUUUGCGUUUGCAAGCCAAGAAACCAAGGUUCUUAAGAUCAAUAGCCAACUACCAAUCUAUCAAUAUGGAUACACGAAAGGUGCAAACUAUGGAGACUUGGCCUUUCUAUAACUCGGUAACUGGAGACUUGACACCCCUCAGUUCGAGGAAGGCUGCUGUGAAACUCCAAGUGUAUAAAAUUCUCGGCUUUAUUCCUAGAAAAGCACCUGAUGAUACCGCACGUGGUGAACUAGAGAUUACCUAUGUGGACGAGGAACUACGGUCAGUUGUGAAUGAUAGUUUUCAUUUCUAUAUGGAACAGACAACCAAAACGUUUGAAUCUUUAAAGGGAUGUUCUUUUUACAGGAUAACAAGGGGUAAAGGCAACUUGUUGUUUGUAUUGAAGAUGUUCGAUCCCACUUAUCGAAUCCCUCUCUGAUCGAAAAAUUGGUUCCGAGUCAUCAUACAUACCUUAUAUCUCUCCUCAUAUGUCAUGUCUAAUGUAACAUAAUAUAAGAGAGAAUAAAAAGAAGAGCUUCUUCUGUAAACGUUUAAACUUGUUCUGAUCGACAAUGCUAAGCAACAAAAAGCUCUAAAACCUUAAAUAGGAUACUCUCAGAAAUUAAAAUU